UUGUUUUCGAAAUAUUUUCCUAUCAGAGAAUCGUUUGUUUCCUAUGAUGUGGCGUAUGAAUCUUCAUUAAGUUGAAAUUUCGAUCCAUUUUUUGGCUAUUAAAAAAUAACUGAAAAAACCGUAGACGAAGAUCAUGCUGGUUAUAAACGUCGGAUCUCUAGAAAAGAGAUCUAAUCAGCUAAAUAUUAAGACCCGAAAACGAGAAGUCCAGACUACUGCAAAGCUGAUCAGAACAACGUGUAUUGUUUUUUCAUAACAAUAUUUCGGCUGGCCUCUUCAGGUUUACAGAUGUUAUGAAUUUAUGAUAGGAAUCACAAUAUUAUUUAGAUGGAGAAUGUCGCAAUAAAAAUGGUUUAAAAGGGAGAGGCGGAAAUGACGUACAACACCAAAAAAAACACAGGAAAAGAAAAAAUAAUAAGGAUAUGGAUUACAACAAUUCGUCACGGCGGUUUAGGCCAUAAGUGCGACUGCCUACCAUUGGGAACGGAGUCACGUGAAGAAUGAAUUUUCUCUAGUGGGAUUAACAGCAUGUCAGUAUGAGAAUGGUUAGUGUGAGAGAGAAAGUGUUCAGAAACAGUAAUGGGUUUAGAUUUAAUCUUAGUUUCGACUGCACGUCUGUGUUCGUUAAAGCUGUCCUUGAGGCGUCGCUUAGUUUCACCUAUGUAUUGUAAAUUAAAACGGUUAGAUUGAACCAUGUAGAUCACGUUUUUAUUGUUACAAGUAAUGUGUAAAGUGAUGUAGCGUGUUUCACCUGUAGCGUAAAAAGUAUAACAUGUAAGGCCGUUAGUCCGUGUUUGGACUAGUGGCACACUUUUGUCCACAGCGGAGGAAGCCUGGCGGAAAAUGAUUGUUCAGUAGAGUAAUUGUGCUGCUGCUUUAACUAAAAGGUCACGAAGAUUAGGGCUACGUCUGAAAGUAACAAAAGGCGGUUGCUUUGCAACGGUUAGAGGAGUGUAAGAUGUAAAAAUGUUUGCGUAAGAUAUUACAAAUGAGUGGAAGUGCUGGAUUAUACGUGACGACAAAGGGUACAACAUCGUUAGAAUCUUUAGGUUUAGUUUGUAACGCGUUAGUACGAGAAAUAUUGGCGGCGCAAAGAAACUGUUCUUCUAGGAAAGUAUUAUAGUAACCAUCAGUAAGGAGAUAUGUUUUUGGUUCAUUAAUGCGAAUUUUUAACUUAACGUCUGUAGAGUAGAUAAGGCGGAGACGACGGGCUAAGCUGAACUGAAUGGCUUUCUUAGUGUGCUGAGGAUGGCAUGAUGAGCUGAGAAGGUGUUGAUGUUUAUCUGUGGGUUUAGUGAAUAGAUCAGUUUCAAUUAUAAUAAUAACUAGGGUAUCUAAAAGAUAGUAAUGCUGCGGCACAUUCUGUUGAUCCUGGCAUUAGUUAGGCAGUGAGACUUAAAAGAAUCAAAAAUGACAUUGAAUGUCCUAUUUACAUGUUGGAAAGUACUUGAAUAAUUACUAUCAGUCUAUAGAAAGAACUCGUGGGAACGUUGUUUAGAAAAUGAUCAAGUGGUUAUCAACUUGGUUUUCCCACAGUAAAUUGUAGGAAAUAAUCCAUAUAUUUAAUAUACGGUGCACGAUAUUUUCUCUGGAAACACAAUACUUUUCUUGCUGUUUGUUGCACUUUAUUAAGUAACAGUUAUUUAGCUAUAUAUUUAUAGAAAACAACAACACAAAAAACGGGAAAAAAAAGAAAGAAGGAAUAAAUAACUUAGUAGGAUUCGAACCCGGCACCUUCGACUCGACGCGACUACACUUAACCACUACACCACAGAGACUGAAUACGUGGUUUUUAGGAAAAGUCUUUCAUUUUAUUCCUUUUCCAUGAAACUUUCGCCGGCAAGAUGAUCGUCAGCUUCAUUAACCGCGCUAUUAACAGUGAAAAAACAAUAUAAACGCAUAUUCCAUGGCAAUAAAUGAAUGAACGAUAUACGUCCUCGUCUGCAAAGUAGGACACAAAACAUAUGUUUUGUUAUAUCGAUUUCCGCUGUUAUUUUGAAGCGAAUGGUCAAAAUCACGUCCAUUUUCGGCUCAUACAGUUUCUUAAGAAUAGCAUUGCGUGACAUUUUCUCACUUUCACGUCACCUUCUAGCAAGCUGGAAUUUGUAUAUCCCCCGUGUUGCGGAGUCGAGGAGCAAAAAAGGCUCUUGAAUUGAAAUCCAAUCCCCAAGGUUAACCAUCGUACUCAUCUGAAAGACUGCUGCGUGUCUUAAAAUUUGGUAAGACCUCUAACCGUGCUGUAGAAAAUUUGCCACAAAGAAAACUCUAAGUCUGAGCAGCGAACGAUGCACUCUCUCACCCACCGAACUUCCCCGUGUUUUUAUUUGAGUUGUUCGUGGCGCAAUGCACUCUGGUUAAAUGCAAUGCAUUGUGGUGAAAAGUGUGGUUAAAUGCAAUGCAUUGUGGUAAAAAGUGAUGAAUUCGAGAAUUCGACGCCCCUUAUAUAUUUCCUUUAAGUCCUGAUUAUGUUGCUGUUCGCUCCCUUCGGUCGCUCCGCAGCCGACAAUAAUAAUUUGUGAACUUACUGUGCGCAACUUAACAUGAGAAUGAUCAGCUGCGCAUUAUACAACUGCAUUACUUUACAAGAAACAACCAAAAAAUAAUGCAUUUAAAAGAAUAACAAUAAAAAGAAUAUAUAUGCAUGCAAGUAAAGCCUGGUUUCCAUAUGAUCGUCCGGAUCGUCCCGAUCGCCCCAGUCGUUUCAAAAUAUUUCGAGACGAUCCGGACGACUGGGGCGAUUGGUAGUUUCCAUAUGAUCUUCUCGAUCGCCUCAAAGGCAAGAGACGCGGGGUCGUCAGCGAUGUCUCUGGGUCAGACAAUAGAAUUUUUGAGCGUGUUUUGCAAACAAGCCUCAUAAAUGGAUGAUUUUUAUUCGUAAAGCCAACCUCGUACCUUGGUAUCUGCUUUUUCUCUUGAUUUUGCGGCAUUGAGAAGCUAGCUAGAAGAGUUCCACGAAGACAUAGUAUUUCAAAAACUUGAUGUCACGGACUUUCUCUAAUUUCAAAUAACCCCCAUACACGCUGCGAACAUUUUGCUUCAGCGCCAUCCGGGCCGAAUUUAUUUUCGAUUACUGGAGUAAAAGUGAUGACCUCUGGGAUAGCCGUCGAUCGUCCCGAUCGUCUGAGAGCGUUUCCAUAUGAUCGCUUCAAAAUUUACACGAUCGUCCCGAUCGUCCGGAUAGAACUCAACUCUAUCCAAGCGAUCGAGGUCGUCUCAGUCGUCCGGGUCGUUUGCGAUCGUCUGGGUAGUGUUUCCAUAAUUAUGAUCGUCCCGAUCGUCUGAACAUUUUUUGAGACGACUGGGACGAUCGGGACGAUCCGGACGAUCACAUGGAAACCAGGCUUAAGUAACCGAAUGUAAAAUUGAUCACCAAUAUACAGUUCUAAAAAGAUAAGUCUUAAUAUGCGCCUUAAACCUGUUCACAUCAGUAAUCGCACGAAGUUCUUUUGGAAGAGUUCCAGAGCGUUGGGGCUGAUACCAUAAAAGCUCUAGCACCUAACGUAGUCUUCGAUCGAACAGCUGGCAUAGAAAGUAAAUACCUGAAGAUCUAAGGUUAUAUAAAGACGAUUCAAAUGUUAGUAAAUCGCAUACAUUUUACUUAGGGGCAAGGCCGUGAAUUGGUUUGAACGUAAUAAGCAGUAUCUUAAACUGUAUCCGGGCUUUAAGAGGUAGCCAAUGCAGACCACGCAGAAGGGGUGAGAUGUGGCGAAACCGAGGCGCAUUACAAACUAGCCUGGCUGAGGCGUUCAAAACUCUCUACAAUUUGUUAAGCUGGUAGUUGGGCAGCCCAUACAAAAGACUGUUGCAAUAAUCAACACGAGAAGUGAAUAAAUGCAUGGAGAUGCAUUUCCGUUGAUUCUCGAGACAAAUACUUGCGAAUGCGUUGAUAUUAUGCAAAUGGUAAAUUUAGGCAACACCACAUAACUUAAUUGCUAAUAUGAGUUGACAUAGUGAGCUGCUCAUCAAACCAUGAGCCUAGGUUUCUAGCUACUGUUACAGGAGAAGCAUCAGUCCACUCAACCCUAAUGCAAUUGAUGUUAACCUUUGCCAGCUGCUGCCUAGUACCUACAAUUAAUAAUUCUGUUUUAUCAUCAUUAUACCGGUACUAGAGACACCAUGACGUCGAGAAAUGGUACGUUAGUAAGAGAGUGAGAUCUAGUGAACUUAAUAGUGGGAUGAAUGUUAUUGAGAUAAUCGACGAAUAUUUUAUUGAACGAUUCCGACCUUCAGUCCAGAUCAUGAAAAUAUCAUCGAUAUAUCUCCACCACGUGUGAGGCUUCCAAGGGGCGUUAGUGAGAGUGUAAGUUUCGAACAUACCAAGAAAAAGGUUAGCAUCUCUGAUCUAGGGUACUGUAUAAGUCAGGGAGAGCGGGGGCCAAGAAGGAUUUGUGGUGACACACAAGCCAAUUAGAGUCAUCUUUGUAGAUAGUUCUAACGCAGUAUCGCUCCUAGGCAAAAACUGCUGUGCGCAUACUUCCAGAGUCGACCAUGUCAAAGCAAAUUCAUCAUCAUUUAUAUAUAUUUUGCAGGUUCCCGAAUGGCCUCUGCUACACCUUCAUAUGCCUCCACCAAAGAAACAACAAAUUAUGCUCGUCUUUGUCGUCUUCUAGUGGAUGUAGGAUCUCAGGUAUUGAGAGACAAGUUUGAUAGCAUCCACCCACCAGCUGGACUCCAUGGAGUUUUAACUAAGCCACCAGUACACCCAGCACUACAGAACCUUAGGGGACGGAAAAUUCUGAAUCCCACACAAUGGGCCAAGCUGUAUCCCACGAAUCCCUUGACCCUAUCUUCAAAAGAUUUUGAUGUUACACUUUUGAUGUUGCUGUUAAGGAACAUUUGUGGCUUGACUCCUCCAGCCACUGGUUGGGACAGUCUCCCACCUGCUGCAGAUACAAGUGUUGAAGCUAACAUAGCAAGAGUGAAGUAUUAUAGAAACCAUGUUUAUGGGCAUGCCAACCAGGCAUCCGUGGAUAAUCCAACAUUUAAUUCCUACUGGCAAGAAAUAAGUAAUGCACUGACAGGACUUGGUGCUGAUGCAGCGUCUAUUAGAAGGCUGAAGACCGAGAGCAUGGAUCCUGUGAUUGAAAAACACUACAAGGAAUUAUUGGGGGAGUGGAAGAAAGAUGAUGAGAGCACCAAGGACAAACUUGAUAAGAUCGAAGGUAUGUUGGAAGCAUCCCAGUUCACAACCAAAGCAACUCAACCUCGUCCCCAGGUCUUCUCGGUUAACGGUGCCUUAACCUGUGAAAACGCUGCAUUUUUGACGUCAUUUCCUCGUUAAACACAAAAAUAUACCAUAACGGCUAAACCAAUCAAAACGCUAGAAUUGCAUUAUCAAAUGACUCAGUUCUUAAUAAUCGCGACUAUAUUUAAGUGAUUGAGGGAAGUGCUUCAUAAAACACAGAAUUUUGUAUCUUUUGUUCCAAAUGUUAAGUAGAGUGAAAGAAAGAUAAAUAAUGUUUACUUACCGUAAACGUUUGGUGAGUUUGUGUUUUUUUUGGGUGCGUUUAGAGUCGCUUGAAGUUGACCUACAUGCGUACGUCUUCUUGUGUAUUUUAACGGGCAGCGAGCUUUAAGCAAACUUCACCUCAACUUCAGUCGCCAAAGUUAUUUUCUAAAGCUAUGGUGAUCAAAACGGUCGCAGCCUGGAUCACUGUCAGAGUGGACCGCAGAUUGUGUGAUGCCGAAGACACGAGGCAGGUGUUUACUUGAUUGUGAAGAAGUGGACACAAGAGCUUAAAAAGUACGUUUUGACCUCACAAAUCGUAGAUUUUCUUUCGUUUCGACGGGUGACAAAUUUCUCUGACAGGAAUGUUGUAUUUUGUUGUUGUAGUGGUUUCAGUUUUUCACUGUUAACGAAUUAAAUCGUAUCUUUUCAGACAAGUGUCCGAAUUGUAGCAAUACUCAGUGAACAUUAACCUAGGGGCAAAAUCUCCGGUAUACUUUGCAGUUCCCGUAUCGGUUAUGUGCCACUUUAUAAAUUCUAUUUUUCAUUCCUACAAAUCAAACAGAAAAAAUAAUAAUGUAAAAAAGCCUUGCCUUUUCUUGCCCUCUAUUAAUCGCCGGUUCUCGGUCUUCAGUCGUCAUCCUGCAGUCCACGCUGUUUCACGUUUAAGCGGGAUCAUUUGUAGCGCGGUAAAAGUCCCCGUCAGAGUCCUUCUCCAAUAAAGAUUAUGCCCCGCCCGGUUUUCUGCUUGUUAAGGGUAGAAGUAACUUUCCGAUGUUUUAAUGUUGAAAUAAACAGACCAGCUAAAGCAGAUGAAUGUUCAAGUACUGGAAAGUCAGCAGACAAUCAGUGAGAAAUUGAGAAGCUUGACGGAUUCAGUUAACCCGGUAGAAGCAGACCAUAGUAAAGGUAAUUUGUUUUGCUCGUUAUCAAAUCAACGAGAACCCGUCACGACUGAACUGCUGGAGUUACGAGAACGACAUCAUGUUAUAAUAAUUUUGAGCUCCUAUGCGUUCGGCCUAUAUUGUUUGCAGACUGUUUUAUUUUUUUUUACUGCCCUGAUUGCUUUAAUUUUCCAAAUCAAAGCGUUAUUGUGAAAGAGGUACGAUCAGACAGCCAAUCUUCCUCGAAUAUAAUUAAGAGAGCGUUUGCAGUCAAGAAGCACAUCAUGUAUUCUACAAAACCGAUCUCAUUCCUGAUAACAGAUAAAAUGUUUUUAACGGUUCUCGUCAUUCACCGCAUUACACAAGUUGGGAUGAACGUUUGUCAUGUACUUCUUUCUUAUCUGGAUGACUGAAUUACUGCCAUUUCAUUCCACAGAAAAAGACGACCUCGAAGAGAUCAAAAGUGAACUAGGAAACAUUAGCGAGCAGCUGCAAACGCUUUUAGCAAAACCUAGAGAGGAAUUAAGGCCAUUAAGGGAUAAAGGUAAGUCCCUCAAAGUUACUAAUGCAUUCAUUGGCUAUUUAACAAAUCGACCACAAUUUUGUAUGGUCUACACUCUUAUAGGCCAUAGAAUUGACGUCAUAAAAUGUUCAAAACUGAAGUGGAACCACAAGCCGCAGGCGAAUGGUUUCACUGCAAAGUUUUGAACAUUUUAUGGCGUUAUUUCUAUGUUCUAUAAGAGUGUAGACCAUGGAGAAUUGUGGUUGAUUUGUUUUUUACAAUAACAUUUUUUUUACGAAAAACCAAAAACAAAACAACCGGCACUGCGUGACAUGUUACGUCAUUUCCAUGGUCUACUGACCUUCAUAGACCACAGCUCUCGACCAAUCAGAGCGCGAGGAUUCGCUCGGUUAUUUAGCAAUUAAUGAAUGAGGCGGAGUAGGAUGUGAAGAAUUAAGCAGAAUGAGGAGGGUGUUAUCCACAGAGGCCGAAGGCCGAGGUGGAUAACACCCUCCGAGAUCUGCUUAAUUCUUCAUAUCUUACGAAAGCCGAAUUCAUUAAUUGCUUUAUUAUUCAUUCAAAAUAAUUCCUAGUUUAAAAAAAAUAGCUAAAACAUGCUUUCCUGCAUUGAUGUUAAGUUCAUCUUCGAUAGUGUACGUUUAGGUUUGUCCAGCUCCGCAAAUAUUCUCCAAAUAGCAGAUGUCGCCCUCCGAGUUGUCUUUUUGCUGUUUUUGCUGUUUUUAGCCAUUAUUACUUCGGCGGAGCGCGAAGUAAAGGUUUCGCGACGCUCAGGAAUGUAUCAAAGUUACAAUUUUUUGACAAGAUUGGGCAUGCAAAGUCUGUAGGUUUUCGGUUUUAUUCGGCUAUUUGACGAAGUGAGAGCCGAAUUAAUUCGAGAUAUCUCGAGAUCACUUCGAUUUCUUUAAUUUAUUCUUUAACUUUUUCGAGGAAGAAAGAAUUAUUAUUUUGGCUUUCCCGGGGUUUGAACCGACUUACCUGUGUGACCCGUCAGAUCAGAGGAGACUCUAAGUUGAGGGAUUAGCCGAUUGCGCUACUGCGACCCAAGGUAGUUUGGAAUAUGAAAAAUAGUUAUGAAAUGAUGCACUAGUUUCGGGACAAGAUUGGGCGUGCAAGUUCGUGACUUUUCGGCUUGUUUCAACUAUUUCACGAAAUGAGACCGGACUACUUCGUGAUAUCUUGAGAUCACUUCGAGUUUAGCCUUAAAUUACUCGAGGAAUAAAUAGAGGAUAUUUCGUGGCCGCGCAGAGACACGAAAUUUCUCUUCGAGGGUUGAAAAACAUUUCACGAGUGAGCCCUCCUUUCGAACUGUUUUAUGAUGAAUUUAAAGUUACAAAAUGCUGCAAAAAGACAUUUUGUCUUUGUUCAGUGUUACGUAGUCAAAUUGCUUUCAUGCGUUGCGUGACUUUCUCGAACGUUCUCUACGUUUUUGGAUUAGCCAUGAAUAGUUAAUUAGGGCAUGUUUACAUUUCUGCAUGAGUCAGCAGAUUUGCAUCAGUUACUGAAAUCUUAAAAUAUGUCGAAAAGCUACUACUACUCGCCUGCUGUUUAGUAUUCUCUAGAACCUUAUGUCAAACGGUAUACAAGUUCCAAGCGAGUUCUUUUGAAGAACUAAGUGUUUUUCCCACGAGCUGGGCUGCUGUGUUUAGUAAAGUGUGACGAAGGUCGAUUUUCAGGUAUCGUGUUUACAAGUUCGCGGAAGCCGUAAGAUAUCUGAAGUUCAAGUGAGAGUUUGUUAAUAUUGGUAGAGGCUGUUUAGUUUUAUUCAAAGUUCAAGUCAAGUUUGUGUUGGUGGAUGCUGUGUUUUAAAGCUCUGUAAAGGCUAUGUUCCUUUGGUGUUAAACUUCCUUGUGUUAAUCCGACAUCCCUGCAUGCUGAUAGUCAGUGAAUAAUUAUCCUCAAAACAUUCGAACUCGUGACUUUGAGUUUUAGCCAAUUCCAUGCUCAACGUAAUUGACUGCUUACCCAUGCCUUACAUAUCUUUAAUCAGUACAUGAGACUGCUAUGCUGUUUCUGAAGCCUGAUGUGACUAAGAAAAAUAGAGAAUUGUUUUUUAGAAGGAUUUGUAUGGAGUCAUCAGAGCAUAACUGGGCUAAUAUCUCAGAGACAAUUUGUCCCCAGCUAGUUUUUGGCAAGUAGGCCUCUUGGAUGUUGCUCUUUUCAGAAUAUCCUGACAAAUCCCAUAAUUUCACAAAUUAACACCUUACUCUAACCAUAUUUGAUUUCUUACUAUUCCUCCGCAUUUACAAUUAAUUGGUUCCACAACCACGACGCCGAAGUGUACGCUCCGUAGCUUCUUGUUUCGCCUAGUUCCAGCUGUAGUUCUUACUCUUGAAACGAGUGAAGUGUCUGCCAUUUUAGUUUUACAACGAAAACAACUCAACCUCGUCCCCAGGUCUUCUCGGUUAACGGUGCAAUAACCUGUAGAAGGCUGCAUUUUUGACGUCAUUUCCUCGUUAGACACAAAAUUCUUCCAAAUUUGGUCAUCAGUAAGCGGAUAUGGUGAAUUAUGCGUGUGCUUUUAGCCAGUGAGAAUUGGGCAAAUAUUUUGAAUGAAUAACAAUGUAAAAUAAAGGAUCGACGUCAUGGUCGUAAAAAGUACAAUGGCCAUCCUAUGAUUGCCUUUGAUUCUUUAGAUUAUUUUCACCUGUGUUAGGCGUCACUCCUGAACGUUAGAAGAGGUACAAUGAAAAAUUAAAUAUUUCGUUGUUUUCUAGUAAAACGUCUUCAACUUUUCAUUUACUUAUUACUUUAUUAUAGUCAUAUUAUAUUAUUAGGGGAGGAGGGUAGCAAUACGUGUAUUCGUGCGAAAAGACUCGCUUUUGUGUUUUCUAAAAGUGUUUCAACCAAUUAGACCGUGAUUACAGUCCUGUUAACUUUGUUGGCUAUUUCACUACCCAUCCCGAUAAGCUACACUUCCGUCUCGCCUCAAAAUAAACAUUAAAAAAUAGAAAUGAAAUAGACAUAUUUUGAUUUUUUAGCUUAAGACACACUUGAAAGAUUUUUUGUCUGUUUUAAAAUACGACAUAAUGAUUUAAUCAGUUAUGUUUUACUAGGGUUAAACAUGACAGUAAUAUUAUACUACAAUGAUAUAUUUCAUGUCCAGGUGCUUUUGAUCCAAUUGAUGUCAUUGGUGGAAUUCGCCAACUCUACCGACUUCGUGAAGGAUCUUUCGCUCCCUUCCCUUGGUGCGAAGAGUUUCGAUUCAACAUUAACGACAUUUUCACCGAACUCAAAUUUAGCAGGAAAAAAGGAACUGGAACGGAGACUUUUGAAACUGUUACCAUGUAUGACAUCUUCAAACCCCACGAAGAAUGCCAACAGCCUAGAACAGUGUUAAUUGAAGGAAAGCCGGGCAUGGGAAAGAGCUCAUUUUGUGAUAAACUUGCUUACGAUUGGGCGACGGAGAAACAAGGGCCAGAAAGGUCUUCAGGAAAUUCUCUUUCAAACUUCCAAGUAGUGUUUUUGCUUAAAUGCCGAGAUAUAGCUUUAAACAUUAAGGGAAGAUCUGACGAGCGACCUCUUUCUCGAGAUGUCAAGGACAAAGAGGAAUUUAAAUCUGUCCUUUGGGACGCCAUUGAAGAGCAGCUUCUACCUCUAGAUAUCACAAAAGAAGAGAAGGAGGAAUUCUUUAGAUUCGUUCGCCAAAAUCAGUCAAGUGUCUUGCUGGUACUCGACGGAUUGGAUUGGUUACCCACUAAUAUGUUACCAGCGUUUAAGGAAAUCAUUCAAGGAAGAAUACUUCCAAGGUGUCACAUUGUGGUUACAGCACGGAAAAAGGUUGGAAUAAAGCUGCGAGGGUGUUGCGAUAGCUUGGUAGAAAUUUUGGGCUUUACCAAAGAAAAUGCCGAAACGUUUAUUGUCAAGUACUUCAAGACAGAAGUAGGUUUGGCCCGAAAGCUUUUAAAUAAACUGAAGCUUGACAUAAACCUAAGACAGCUGACCGAAAAUCCUUUAAACACUGCACUUCUUUGCCUUCUCUGUGAAGACUUUAAUGGUAUUUUUCCCGAAAGUGGCACACAGCUGUACCUUGAAAUAAUAGAAUGUGUUCUUAGAAGAUACAGAAAAAAGAGAGAAUUACCAGAAUCCCAACACGAAAACCUCACUCAAGUGUACAAACCUCAGCUAAAACAGCUUGGUUCGAUCGCGUUAAAUUGUUUGCUGAACGACAGUACUGCCUACUUUGAGGAAAACAAGUUUGGAGAUAGUGCGAGCGAGAUACUUGGAUUCGGAUUUUUGUUCGUUGAACGUAGCCGAAGGAAACUGAGACCUUGCUUGUACUAUUGCUUUCCGCACAAACCACUUCAGGAACUGUUUGCGGCAUUUUACCUCAGUUGCCUGCUUCUGGAUAGGAAAAUUUCUUUAGAAACUUUACUUGCCGACGACAGAUACUUCCAUGAGCUCAGACAGGUGCUUAUGUUCACAUGGCGUCUGAUCGCUUUGCAAUGCGAAGAAAUGAUUGAAGCCUUUGUCCAAAUCUUUGCAAGCAAAGUAAACAGAGUAAGCAAAGGAGUUAGCGAUGAAUUACUCGUUGCAUUGCAGUGCAUUCACGAAUGUAAAAAUGAGAGGGGUAAACUUCAUCUGCAGUUAGCGGGUAAUUUGGGCUCGUUUUUACAAAUUCGCAAGGCGGAGAUAAUGUUUCCUUACCAACCCUAUAUGUCGACCAGUAUUGUUGCAGUGGUUGCGGAGGCGAUCAAACACAACUCAACAAUAACGCAAAUGGAUUUGUCUGGCGAUGUCUUUCACACUGACUGUUCUGCAGUACUUGCGCUGGCGGAAGCAAUCAAACAAAAUUCAACAAUAACAAAGUUGGAAUUGUCGAUCUUCCUUGGUCACACCAACUGCACUGCACUGGCGGAAGCAAUCAGACACAACUCAACAAUAACACAGCUGGAUUUGUCAAAAAAUCAACUUGGUGCUGCUAACUGUACUGCAGUUGCAGAGGCAAUCAGUCACAACUCAACAAUAACACAGUUGGAUUUGUCACACAAUAACCUUGGUGCCGCUGGCUGCGCUGCUCUUGCGGAAGCAAUCAAACACAAUUCAACAAUAAAAGAGUUGCAUUUGUGUGACAAUGACCUCGGUGCUGGUGACUGUAAUGCACUGGGAAAAGUAAUCAAACACAAUUCAACAAUAACACAGCUGGACGUGUCAUGUAAUCACCUUGGUGCUGCUGGCUGCACCGCACUUGCGGAAGUAAUUGAACACAAUUCAACAAUAACGCAGUUGAAUUUGUCACAGAAUAGACUUAUUAAAGGUAACUGUAGUGCACUGGCGAAAGCAAUUAGACAUAAUUCGACAAUAACACAGUUAUGUUUGUCGGAGAAUGAACUAAGUUUUGAAGGUGACUCUACUGCACUGGCGGAGGCAAUCGAACAUAAUUCAACGAUAACACAGCUGGACGUGUCAUGGAAUAACCUUGGUGCUACUGGCUGUACAGCACUGGCGGAAGCAAUCAAACAGAAUUCAACAAUAACACAGUUGAAUUUGUCUGGGAAUCUCGAUCUCGGGGCUCCUGGCUGCAUUGUACUUUUGGAAGCAAUCAAGCAUAAUUCAACUAUAUCACAGCUGAAUUUGUCAUGGAAUAACUUAAGUGCUGUUUGCUCUACCGCACUUGCAAAAGUAAUCGAACACAAUUCGACAAUAACACAAUUGAAUCUGUCUGAUAAUAAACUUUUUGAAGGUGAUUGUACCGCUCUGGUGGAAGCGAUCAAAUACAAUUCAACAAUAGCACAGUUAGAUUUGUCACACAAUGAUCUCGGUGCUGGUAACUGUACCGCACUAGCGGAAGCAAUCAAACACAAUUCAACAAUAACACAGUUGAAUUUGUCAUGGAAUACCCUUGGUGCUGCUAGUUGUACUGCACUUGCAGAAGCAAUCAAACACAACUCAUCAAUAACACAGUUGGACUUAUCGGGGAAUAUCAUUGGUGCAGCUAACUUUACAGCAAUAGCGGAAGCAAUCAAACACAAUUCAACAAUAACACAGUUGGAUUUGUCAGGGAAUUACCUCAGUGAUGCUGGCUGUACUGCACUUGCAGAAAGAAUCAAACACAAUUCAACAAUAACACUUUUGGAUUUGUCAUGGAAUAACCUGAGUGCUGCUGCCUGUACUGCAUUUGCGGAAGUAAUCAAGCAAAAUUCAACAAUAAAACAGUUGAUUUGGGCAAUGAAUAACCAUAGUGCUACUUGCUGCCCUGCCCUGGCGGAGGCAAUCAAGCUAAAUUCAGAAAUAACAGUGGACUUUAGUUACGUAGCCAGAAAACGCCGCUUGUUUUAUCUUGAAUAA